ACCUCCGCGAGCACCAGCAACACCAAAUUCACGUUUUAUCAUCAUUCAUUCAGUGCACAAAAGACGAGUUAGAGGAUCGCAUUCAGGCAACUUCAACAAUUUAGGAGCCUUUUGAUAGACCUGCGAGACCUCAACCCUGAAAGUGUCACACAUGACGAAGAAAUCAUCAUUUUUUAAAGGUCUCCUCAUCAGACACUUUUUGGGAGGUGGCUAACUUUAAAGAGAAUCACAGGAACCGCUUGUCAUUGGCUGGCCACAUGUCCUGCAGUUCUUCCAAACCUGCUGUCCAAGUGUGUCCAAGCAGACAUGGCUGCAACUGCCACUGAGUUCCCACCUCACACCUAUUCGACGACCUUCUUCAGCCGCAACGUUUUGAAGGAUAUUAUUUCCAAGCGAGAAAAGAAAAACAAAAGUGAUUCUUCGAAGGAGGCCGCCGCCGCCGGCAAACCGCCCAAGGGCUGGCGCAAGAGCACCAAGAACAACCCCAGCCACAACAGUAGCCAUGCCGAUCAAGCCAACAACAAGCCAGGGUCUGCUAACUCAGAGGAAGAGGACAUGACUCUGUUGAAGUAUCUAGCCCUGAAUGCUCUUGAGCUUGGCUCUCCCGCUAGCGGUUUGCCUCUGAAGUACAGCAGCAAUGAAUCUUCUGGAUGGCUCCAACUUUCAGGCCAUCCAGACAGCUUUGCCAUUGCUGGCCCCGGAACCAUUUGGAAGAAAACCACCUUAGAGGAUGGGGAAAUCCGAGUUUACGAGGCUCUUCAGCAACUGAAGACUGACUCAAGUUCCAGCAUCGUGCCUAAAUUUUACAGGAAAGUUGAAUUUAAAAAUGAGCUUUUUAUUGAGCUGGAAGAUCUCUUGAGCAACUUCAAUGACCCUUACGUGAUGGAUAUCAAAAUGGGCACCAGGACCUUCCUAGAAUCGGAAGUUUCAAGGACAAAUGCAAGGCCCGACUUAUACCAAAAAAUGGUGCGGGUAGACAGCAAUGCUCCCACACCUGAAGAACACAAGGCCCAAGCUGUGACAAAACUCAGGUACAUGAGAUUCAGAGAGCAGCAGUCAUCAACAAGCACUCUUGGCUUCAGAAUAGAAGCCAUGAAGGUAAAAGGAUGUGAUCCAGUACGAGAACUGCAGAAAGUGUGCUCACAGCGCGAUGUGCAAACUGUGUUGGCCCUUUUUUUGCACGGCAAAGAACAAAACAGAAUAAACCUACUGAAACGCCUCAUUAAAAUCAGGACGGCAUUUGAAGAAUCAAAUUUUUUUAAGUACAAUGAGGUGGUAGGCUCCAGUCUACUACUGGUUAGAGAAGGCUCUAAAGUGGGUGCUUGGUUAAUCGACUUCGCCAAGGCAAGGCCGUCGGACAUCCCUCUUGACCAUCGGUCACCUUGGUGUGAAGGCAACCACGAGGAUGGCUUUCUAUUUGGCCUUGACACGCUCAUAAAGACUGUUCAGCAGUGUGAUUUAAAAGUGAUGCAGAGUUCACGUUUGGAAAAAUUUUUGCGGAGUCUGCCUUGGAAGUGAGAUGGAUUAAACUGACUUAUUAAAGAGUUUCCUUGUUUCAAAUGUGCAACACAAUUAAUUCAUUCCUGGCGUGAAUAUUCAGAAGCGUGCACAGCACUAUUAUUUAUAUAUAUCAUGUGAAUUGCAGGAUACUGGAGUUAAAACAAUCAAAUUUCGCGUGAUCAUUCCCAAUUUUUUGUUUGCACACAUAGCUCGAGAAGGACUAUAUCCGAUUCCAAGCAGGCGCAAGGUUGAUCGCAGCAACCUAAUAGCAGACCUUGUGCGCGGUGCCAACGGGUGUCACGUGACACUUAGGAGCCCUGAGGCAAUUCAUGAAUAUUAAUUUAUUGCGCGCCAAAGUUGGUAUCACCAUUUGAUUGAUUUCACCAGGUCAUGCCUGCUUUGGAAUCGUUUGUGCUCCUUGAAGACCACAGAAAAGUUGGCACAUUUGCAACGGUACCUAUUUGUUCAACUUUGUCGUUUUGUAAGCUAAGAUAAAUUUGUCUCAUUAUUUAUGGUGGAAUGCACCAAAAAUAGUGGUUGUAUAUUACAGAAUUUUUACAAAAUCAAACUAUUUGCAUUAAACCCACAUGGUCUUUC